AUGUUGUUUCAUGUUUCUCUACCAAAUUCACUUAUAUUGGGCGUAGAAGUAGAUCCGAAAGCUAAUGGCCAAGAGUGCCUAGACAAGAUAUGUGAGCAGCUAGAUAUUAUAGAAGUUGAUUAUUUUGGUUUGAUGUAUAAAGGUUCCAAGAGUGAAAACUUAUGGUUAAAUUUACGCAAUAGAAUAGAUGAUCAGCUAUCUGGACCUCCACCACAUCAACUACAAAUAAAAGUCAAAUUUUUUGUCAAGCCACACUAUAUUCUGCAAGAAUCCACAAGGCAUUUAUUUUAUCUUCAAGUGAAACAAGAAUUACACAAUCAUGUUUUAACAGUUGAAGAUGAGAAUAAAGCUUUAAAUAUGAUCGCUUUGAUAGCUCAGGCAGAAUUUGGUGAUCAGAAUCAUAAUUUUUAUCAAUUGAAUAAAUAUAAAGAUGUUUUUAAAGGACUUUGUGAGUUUACUGCCGACAAUGUACAUAAAGUGUUUGAAUGUCAUACAGGAUUAUGUGGAACCACAGCUGCCAAUGCUGAAUAUAAACUAUUACAAGAGGCUUCUGAACUAGACAAUUAUGGCAUGGAAACACAUAUUGCUCGCAAUGGAAAUUAUGAAGAAAUUGAAAUUGGUGUCGGUCCAACAGGAUUUUUUGUGCACAAUUUGGCUCAUCAUACUACUCAAAUGGUGGCCUAUCCUUUAAUACAGAUGGCAACCUAUAUGGAUAAAUCAGUGGUUCUGAAAAUUUAUGACACUGAUGGAGAACCUAAAAACACGAUGGGUUUUAGACUAGUCAGUAAGAAAGCUGCUAAUGCCUUAUAUAGAAGUGUAACAGAAAUGCACUCCUUCUUCCGCUGUGAUACUGUUAGAAAUGAUGUCUCCACCCAGUUCAGUAGAGAUUUGAAAGGAACAUUGGCUUCUUUAUUUAAUGAAAAUACAGAUCUGGGUAAAAAAUAUGUUUUUGAUAUAAGAAGAACAUGUAGGGAAGCAUAUGAUCAUGCCAGAAGAAAGUUACAUACUAAUUCACAAAUGGCGUCCACUAAUAAUACAGUAGAAGAGAGGUCUCCAUUACAAGUUCAUACUGUAAAUAAUGAAUUGCAGUUAAAUACACAUACUAAACUAGAAGAAAUAGAGAUGCUGAAAUCUAAGCUCCAGUGUAUUGAAGAAGGGUUUACAUGUUUGGUAUGUAGAGACAAUUCCAUUCAAACAGCUCUGUGUCCUUGUGGUCAUGUGAUAUGUUGCCAGAGUUGUGCUGAACAGUUAACAGAGUGUCCCAUGUGUCGCAGCCAGAUAGACAAAAUACAGCGUGUGUUUAUACCUGGAAUACAAGGAACAGAUUCUCAACGUAUUGACAUUGCCUGUGCUGUUACAAGUAGUGAAACAUGA